CAAUAAAUUUCUUUUCCAAGCAGUGGCAACCAUCCUUGCUGACUGCCAUCUCCUCGUGGAGAAGCUAUGUGAAUCAACCUAUCUGUCAGCAACUCAUAAAAUUAAUUAAAUAGCUACGUUCACUAUUUGAAAAAGAUGCUUCUCCUUCCUUCACUUCAUUCUCUAUGCAGAAGCACAAACUACCACAUUCAAUGUCUCACGACAAAGUCUAUAAACAAAGACUAACAAAGUCAUGCUUGGUGACUAUUGACCAACAACCCGAAACCAUAGUUAUAAUCUUUGAAACAAAAGCUCACAUGGGGGCCUCUCUUUUAGCUUAGUACUUUUGGAGAAUUUUUGCUCCAAAAUUGCAAAUGAGUUUCCUUCAUCUCUUCUUUCAUCUCUUUUUGUUGGUUGCAUUUAUUCCACAGAUAGUUCAUGGAAAUGCAGAACUAAGAGCUCUGAUGGACUUGAAAUCUUCUUUGGACCCAAAAGACAAGCUCCUUGGUUCGUGGACCAGUGAUGGUGAUCCAUGCAGUGGUUCGUUCUUAGGAGUUGUGUGCAACGAGCACAACAAAGUGGCUAAUAUAUCAUUGCCAGGAAGAGGUCUUUCUGGCCGUGUCUCUCCUGCUGUGGCUGAACUCAAAUGCUUGUCAGGUUUAUACUUGCAUUACAACCUGCUCUCUGGGGACAUACCAGGAGAGAUUGCAAAUCUUAAAGAAUUGCUCGAUCUUUAUCUCAACUUUAAUAAUCUAUCUGGAACCAUUCCUUCUGAUAUCGGGAACAUGACUAGCCUCCAAGUGCUGCAGUUAGGCUAUAACCAGCUAGAGGGGACCAUACCUGAGGAACUGGGUUCAUUGAAGCAGCUUAAUGUUAUUUCUUUGCAACAUAACAAAUUAACUGGUGAAAUUCCUCAAAGCUUGGGUCACUUGGAGAAGCUAAGGAAGCUAUAUUUGAGCUAUAACAACUUCAGUGGCACAAUUCCUGUAAAACUAGCUGAUGUUGCAAACUUGGAAGUUCUAGAUAUUCAAAACAAUCAUCUUUCAGGAACUAUUCCUUCUGCAUUGCAGAGAUUAAGGGAAGGAUUCCAAGGUGCAAACAACCGAGAUCUAUGUGGAGAUGACUUUUCUGCUUUGAAAACUUGCAACAAAGAUAGAAUAUUUGGCGUUAGUCAGAUUAGUGCCCCAAAUAUAUCCAUAUACAGAAAUCCUCCAAUAACAUUCCCGAAGCCUGUAAAUGCCCACUUGCAUUGUAACCAGACCCAUUGCUCAAAGUCAAGAAGCUUUCUUCUUCUUGUCAUUGCAGCAAGUGUUACAACUACUGUUAUCACAUUAAUAAGUUCUGGAAUUUUCAUAUUUGUCAGAUACCGGCGCCAAAGGCAGAAGGUUAGGAACCCAUCAGAUUAUUCUGAAGGCCAACAUAGUCCUUACCAGCCUAAAGAGUUCUACAGAAGUUCAUCUCCACUUGUUAAUCUUGAGCAUUAUUAUACUGGUUGGGAUUCAUUGGCUGAUGGUCAUAAUGAGAGUGGAUUAUCCCUUGAAUAUUUGAACCGUUUUAGAUUUAAUAUUGAUGAGAUUGAAUCAGCAUCAGGGCACCUUUCUGAGGCCAAUUUAUUGAGUAAGAGCAAAUUCUCAGCUGUCUAUAAAGGAAUUCUUAGAGACGGUUCUCUUGUGGCUAUUAGGAGUAUUAGUGUGACUUGCUGCAAAGCCGAGGAAGGUGAAUUUUUGAAGGGUUUGAGCCUGUUAACCUCACUGAGACAUGAAAAUAUUGUUAAGAUGAGAGGCUUCUGUUGCUCAAGGAGUAGAGGUGAAUGGUUUUUUGUCUGUGACUUUGCCACUAGGGGUAAUCUGUCUCAAUAUCUUGACAAGGAAGAUGGAAGUGCCCAUGUAAUUGAAUGGUCCAAGAGAGUUUCUAUUAUCAGGGGCAUUGCAAAAGGUAUUGGUUAUUUGCACAGCAAUGAAGCAAGCAAGCCUACAAUAGUACACCAAAACAUUUCAGUAGAAAAAGUUAUUCUAGACCAUGAAUUUAACCCCUUGAUCACAGAUGCCGGCCUCCCUAAGCUUCUUGCAGAUGAUGUUGUCUUCUCAGCUCUUAAAGCAAGUGCUGCCAUGGGAUAUCUAGCUCCCGAAUACCUUACCACUGGACGCUUUACUGAGAAGAGUGACAUAUAUGCAUUUGGGGUUAUUGUUCUUCAAGUUCUAUCCGGAAAGGUAUUGAUGGGGGGUACAAUCCGGGUGGCAGUUGAAGCUUUCAGAUUUGAAGAUUUUGUUGACACAAAUCUGAAGGGAGAUUAUUCUAAAUCUGAAGCCGCAAUUCUUUCAAAGCUUGCAAUUCAGUGCACUCUUGAAGUGCCAGAGCAAAGACCAACCAUGGUGGAGGUGAUUCAAGAGCUGACCAUGCUUCCUAAUCCUUCACAUUCUUCAUAAUCUACCACUUUUUCUGUGUAUAAUGAGUGAGACAGUGGAGUACUUGCUAACAUCUCGGCUUGCUUUUUCUUUAGCAUAGUCAUAAGUCUUAACCUAAGAAGCACGGACAUCCCACCUCCUUGUCGUGUCUGGUGUCCGACACGCGUUUAUGUCAGUGUCCGACAUCGACACGACACCUAUACUACAUUCUAUAUUUUAAAUAUUAUAGAUGUUCACAUGUCCAGUGUCUGUGUCGUGUCGAUAUUGGUGCUUCAUACAUCAUAACAUAUCCUUUGCCAAAUAAUUGUUUGUUCUGCACGAUUCAUAGCGUUGAAGGAUGCUCUUUUCCUGUAAAUAAAUCGUCAAUUCGAAGGGAAUUCAAUCGUAACUUUAGAUUGUGGAGGGUUAAGAAAAAAAAAAAGAUUAUGGAAGAAAUUGUUAAUGAUCAUCCCUUUUGAUCAUAACUCAUGAUUUAUUGUUGAAUACUAUUCCUUUAUCA